UGUUUGUUUAUAGUUGAUAAUUGUACAGAUAACAAUAAACAUGAUGGAUUAUGAAUUUAAAAUGAAAACUCAAAAAGACCGUACGAAGGUCGAAGAUCUUUUCGAAUUCGAAGGGUGUAAAGUUGGAAGAGGAACUUACGGGCACGUCUACAAAGCUCGUAGGAAAGAAGGCGUGCCAGAUAGCGAAUUAAAAUCUCGACCAGAUACAAAGGAUUUUGGCUUAAAACAAAUAGAAGGUACAGGUCUUUCAAUGUCUGCAUGUCGUGAAAUUGCUUUACUUAGGGAACUGAAACAUGUCAAUGUGAUUACUUUAAUUAGAGUUUUCUUGUCUCACAAUGACCGCAAAGUAUGGUUAUUGUUUGACUUUGCAGAACAUGAUUUAUGGCAUAUAAUAAAGUUUCAUAGAGCUGCAAAAGCUAAUAAGAAACCUGUUAUGGUACCGAAGGGUAUGGUAAAGUCUUUGUUGUAUCAGAUUCUUGAUGGUAUCCAUUACUUACAUUCCAACUGGGUGCUCCAUCGGGAUUUGAAACCAGCAAAUAUAUUGGUUAUGGGAGAAGGUAAUGAAAGAGGACGUGUAAAAAUUGCAGAUAUGGGUUUUGCUAGACUGUUUAAUGCCCCUUUGAAACCUCUUGCGGAUUUGGAUCCUGUUGUAGUGACAUUUUGGUAUAGAGCACCAGAGUUACUUUUAGGAGCUAGACACUACACAAAAGCUAUAGAUAUUUGGGCUAUCGGAUGUAUAUUCGCGGAACUUUUAACAUCAGAACCCAUAUUUCAUUGUAGACAGGAAGACAUUAAAACCAGCAAUCCAUAUCAUCACGAUCAGUUAGAUAGGAUAUUCAAUGUAAUGGGAUUUCCGUUAGAAAAGGAUUGGGAAGAUAUUAAGAAAAUGCCUGAACAUCCUACGUUAUUAAAAGAUUUUAAAAGAUCCAAUUACGCAAACUGUUCUUUGACAAAGUACAUGGAUCGGCAUAAAAUAAAACCCGACAGCAAAGCGUUUAAUUUGCUUCAAAAAUUGUUAAUGAUGGAUCCUAAUAAACGAAUUACGUCCGAACAUUCUAUGCAAGACGCCUAUUUUCAGGAAGAGCCACUGCCAACGCAGGACAUAUUUGCCGGAUGUCCUAUUCCGUAUCCUAAAAGAGAAUUUUUAACGGACGACGAUACAGAGGAAAAGACUGAAAACAAAGCUCGACAAAAUCAGCAACAAACGCAGCAGAACCAGCAACAACAAGGAAACGGUGACCAUAAUCACGGACAGAACGCAAAACGCGUUAGGUUGAACGGUCCGCACGGAGCUCCGGAGUUUCAUCAACACCAAAGUCACGCGAUGACCCAUCAACAACCGCCCGGAAUGGUUUACUCUACUGCCCAGCCAACUCAGCCGUCGAAUUUUCAUCAGCGUUUUUGA